UACAUUAGAUAAGUUAAUGUUGACUCAAGAACGUUGAUUUCUUUGAAGGUUUUACGAGUUAGGAAAUAGGUACAAUAUUUACAGCACAAUGUAUAAGAAUAUUUUAGCAUGCUUUUGAAAGAUCUUCUCCAUAACCACUGCCAUAUCUCUCUCUCUCUCUCUCUAAUGUCUUCCCCUACUCUCCCUCUUGUCCUGAUCACCAUAACACUUGUAAUCCUCAGCUCAACUUCAGGCACUGAGUUCAUCUUCAAUACCAACUUCAAUUCCACCAAUCUCCUCCUCUUUGGCAAUGCCACCAUCCAAUCCUCCAUUCUCGGCGUUACUGAUGAAACCUCCUUUUCCAUAGGUCGUGCUUUAUACCCUUCCAAAAUCCCCACAACAUCCACCAAAUCUUCCUCUCUCCUCUCCUUCUCAACCUCCUUCAUUUUCUCCAUUGCACAUGUCAAGAACUCCCUCCCCGGCCAUGGCUUCGCCUUUAUACUUACACCCUCUACAGGUAUAAACGGUACAAGCUCAAGUCAGCAUCUGGGUCUUUUCAACUUAACCAAUGAUGGUAAAACCGAUAAUCAUGUCUUGGCUAUCGAGUUCGAUGUGUUUAAGAACCAAGAAUUCAAUGAUAUCAAUGAUAAUCAUGUUGGUGUAGAUGUGAACUCGCUUACGUCUUUUACUUCAUAUGAAGCAGGGUUUUGGAGAGGAGAGAAUGAGAAUGAGAAGUUUGAGGUAUUGAAGCUUAAUAAUGGGGAAAACUAUCAAGUGUGGAUUGACUAUUUGGAUUCGCGUAUUAAUGUUACUAUGUCUCCUGCAGGCAUGGAAAGGCCUCGGAGGGCCUUGAUAAGUGAGUUUGUUAAUCUCUCUAGUGUUCUUUUGGAUGAAAUGUAUGCAGGGUUUUGCGCAGCAACUGGACAAUUGGUUGAAGGUCAUAAGAUAUUGGCUUGGAGCUUUAGUAAUUCAAAAUUUUCGAUUGGGGAUGCUUUGGUGACAACAAAUUUGCCUUCGUUUGUGACUCCAAAAGGGUCAGUUUUUCGAUCAAAAGGGUUUAUUGUAGGGGUUAGUGUUGGUAGUCUUUUCGUACUGGGGUGUGGGGUUUUGAUAUGUAUUAUUUUGUAUAGGAGGAAGAGGGGGGAGGAAAGGGAAGGGCUUGAAGAUUGGGAAAUGGAGUAUUGGCCACAUAGGAUUAGUUACCAAGAGAUUUAUGCAGCAACGAAGGGGUUUUCUGAGGAGAAUGUGAUUGGGCUUGGAGGGCAUGGGAAGGUUUAUAAAGGGACUUUGCAAGGAGUAGAAGUUGCAGUGAAGAGAAUCUCUCUCGAGAGUGAACAUGGGAUGAGUGAGUUUCUAGCUGAAGUUUCAAGCUUGGGGAGAUUGAAGCAUAGGAAUUUGGUGGGAUUGAGAGGUUGGUGCAAAAAUGAGAAAUGCACAUUGAUUUUGGUCUAUGAUUAUAUGGAAAAUGGAAGUUUAGAUAAGAGGAUUUUCGAGCGUGAUGAGAGUGUAAUGUUGAAUUGGCAGGAAAGGAUGCAAGUUUUGAAAGAUGUGGCUUCUGGAAUUUUGUAUUUGCAUGAGGGUUGGGAAGCUAAAGUCUUGCAUAGGGACAUUAAGGCAAGCAAUGUGUUACUUGACAAGGAUAUGAAUGCAAGGCUAGGGGAUUUUGGAUUAGCCCGAAUGCACCAUCAUGGGCAGUUGGCUAACACAACUCGAGUAGUUGGGACAGUGGGGUACAUGGCACCAGAAGUGGUUCGAACUGGUCGAGCCUCAACUCAAACUGAUGUGUUUGGUUUUGGGAUAUUGGUUCUUGAAGUGGUGUGUGGAAAAAGACCCAUUGAAGAAGGGAAGCCAGACUUGGUUGAUUGGGUAUGGAGGCUAAUGGAGAGAGGGGAAUUGCAUUUGGGUCUUGAUGAGCGGUUAAGGUCCAAUGGUGGUUUUUGCAUUGAGGAAGUUGAGAGGGUACUUCAUUUGGGUUUGUUAUGUGCAUAUCCAGACCCUCGUGCUAGGCCUACAAUGACACAAGUUGUGAAGGUAUUGGAGGGAGCAAAUGAGGGCACUGAGUCUGAAAGGGAUGUAAUGGAGGUGAAUUUGCUUGAUAGAAUUGAAACAAUUGCAAUGUGGUCUAAUUUUAAUCAGAACCUUGGUGGCAUAGGACACCCUACAUUUGAUGAAAUUUCUUGGUCUGCUACAAAAUCUAGCUCAGAUAUCCAAGUAGGUCGAUGACAAUUUUGAUGAUUUCUCAUGAUGACUCUGACAAAUUGCAAUUCAACAGUUCUGUUAAUCUCUCCAGGAACCUGGUUAUUUCAAGAGGACUGCUGUAUUGCUCUUUAAAGCUUAAUUACUAACAGUAGUUCACAUAAAUAUGCUGGUUUAAGAAUCUUGAGAUGCUUGCUGUUAUUAAGAUGAGGUUGUAUUUAAAGGAUUAAACAUAUUUUUGGAUUUAAGUUACAUAGCAAUGGACACUGUAAUAUUGAUUAUUUGA